CCACAUCUCACUGAAUAAUUUAACUUCUUUUUUCUGCCCUCCUCCCUCAGGUCCCAAAACAGUGUUUUUCUGGGCACCUGUUAUGAAAUGGGGUUUGGUGUGUGCUGGAAUGGCUGAUAUGACCAGACCAGCAGAAAAGCUCAGCACAGCACAAUCUGCAGUACUAAUGGCCACAGGCCUUAUUUGGUCAAGGUACUCUCUAGUUAUUAUUCCUAAAAACUGGAGUCUGUUUGCUGUGAACUUCUUUGUUGGCUGUGCUGGUGGCUCUCAACUCUUCCGAAUAUGGAGGUAUAAUCAGGAGCUUAAAGCAAAACAACAAGAGCAGCUGCAGCAAUGAGAUGCUUAACCCAACACGUCAAAUCCAGUAACGCACAAACCCUUCCCUAUGGGACCUAGCUUCACUAAUUUUAAUGUUUUUUUCCUCUGAGAAAAUGAAAGAGGAAAUCUAAAUGUCUAGAGAACAAGUGUUUUCUAAGUACAAAUAACAAAGUAUCUCCAUACAUUUAAAUGAAGUGCCACCUUUUAAA